AUGUCUCGAAUCGUCUAUCUCGUUCUCAUGAUUAUUCUUGUGAAUCACAUCACAUCAAGCGAAGCAUCCGAUUUCGGAAAAUUUAUGAAACGUUUAUCACAAUCGACAACGAAAAUCAAGAAUCAACUUAUGGAAUUUUUCUAUCGUUUUCGAUCAUUUUUUGCUCGUCAUUCAGAAUCGACACAUCAUUCAGUGACUGCACGCGGCUGUGGCUAUGCCCUCGAUGACGAACCGGCAAUCUAUCACAAGCAAGCGAACAUCAUUUCGAAAAUCAAAGGCGGUGACGAUGCGAUUUGGCACACAUGGCCGUGGAUGGUUGCUCUAUUUACGAAUCCGCGUAAAGGUUGGAGUUGUGCAGGUGUUCUGAUCAAUGAAAAUACUAUUCUCACUGCUGCUCAUUGUCUAUUGCAUGCGAAAGUUAGUGAGAUAAAAGCAAUUGUUGGCGUGCAUACAAUUCUUGGAAAAUUAAAUCCAUUGAAUUAUUAUUCAGUUAAAUCAGUUCAUCGACAUCCGAAUUUCGAAGAUUGCUGCAAAAAUGAUCUCGCAGUUAUUAAAUUAAUGAAACCGCUUCUCUAUGGUCCGAAAAUCAAUUCUGUUUGUUUGCCAAUUUCACCGUACCUAUCCGUGAAAGACGAUGACGAACUUGUCAAUCGCACAGGUGUCAUUAUCGGCUGGGGUGACAGUUCGAAGAAUGGUCUAACGAACAUGAUCAAGAGUUUCACUUUGCAACAAGCUGAUAUACGAAUCUUUAGUAAUGAAUCUUGUCGGCAAGCAUACGACACUAUUUUUGAUCCAGAAACAGAAAUAUGCGCUGGCGAUUAUGAUCAACGAUCUGAUACAAUGAGUGGCGAUUCCGGUGGACCGUUGCUUAUUCGUGAAUCGGACGGUCGUUGGAUUCUUCUCGGUAUUACAUCGUAUGGUUCAGCAACAUCUCCCCAAGAAGCUCCAGGUGUUUAUGUGAAAAUUUCAGCUUUUACUCAAUGGCUUGAACCGUAUUUAAAAUGA